AGUGGGGGUCAUGGGAUGCAGAAUCCACCGACAAGGACUCUGAAGACAAAGUGCAACCAGUCAGACGGCGAGACAACGAAAAUGGCCGAUAUGGAGAUGGAGGUUGACGGCAAAAGCUUGGACAGUGGGAAAGAACGAGAGGGAGAGGAGGUGGAGAGUUCAGAGAAGAGCGGGAACGAGGAGGAGAACGGCGAUGUGUCCGGGGAGGAGGAGGAGGACGAGGACGAGGAUGACGACGGGGGAAAGCCUGAAGGGGAAGUCAAGCACAGCGGUGGCGGUGGCGGCGGCGGCGGCGGUGGCAGCAACAGCAAACACAAGAAGAAGAAACACAAGCACCGGAGCAAACACAAGAAACACAAGCACUCGUCCCCCGAGGAGAAGGACCGGCGACACAAGCACCGGCACAAACGCAAGAAACACCGGCGCAAAGACGGCGCCGCCUCGGCCGCCGGCGCCAACAGCGCGGGCAAGGACGCCGCGUCGCCCGCCUCCAAGCGCCCCAAGUUCGACGACAUGGCGGUCCUGGAGGACCUGGAGAAGCAGAGGGCGCUGAUCAAAGCCGAGCUGGACAACGAGCUGAUGGAGGGCAAGGUGCAGUCGGGCAUGGGCCUCAUCCUGCAGGGCUACAACUCGGGCUCCGAGGAGGAGGGCGAGAUUCAGGACCGGGCCCGCAACGGGGAGGCGCAGAGGGGCGCCGCGGGGAAGACCCUCGCCCCCAAGGGGCAGGGCAGCUCGGCCGCCAACAAGGAGGCCAAGCCCCGGCGGGAGUCCACCGACGCCGGCAAGUCCGCGGCCAAGCGGCGCAGCCGGAGCAAGUCCAAGGACCGGGCCGCGAAAGUGCAGAAGUCCGAGAGGAGGAAGAGCAGGAGCGGGGCCGAGCCGGUCGCCAAGGAGAGGACGAAGGCCCGCAGCCGGUCCAAGGAGAGGAAGCGGUCUCGAACCCCGGACCGGAGCAGGGACAGGGCCAAGAGAUCCAAGUCCCCCACCAGCAGGAGGCGCUCUUCCGCGGAGCGGAACCGGCACACGCCGUCUCCGACGGGGGAGGCGGAGCCGGCGGCCCGCGCCAACAAGAGGCCGUCGCCCCCGGCGCCGGCGCCGUCCGGGGAGAGCCGCAUCCGCGGCGGCCGCAAGUCCAAGUCCCCAGAGAGGCGGAGCCGCUCGCGAGACCGCCGGUCCCGGUCCAAGGACCGGAGAGCCAGGCGGUCGGAGGGAGACAAGGACAAAGACAAGGACAGGGAGAGUGUCGGUAACAGGGACAGAGACAGAGAGAGGGACAGGGACAGAGAGAGGGACCGGGACAAGAAGCCGGCCAAGUCCCCGUCCAAGGACGCCUCGUCGGGCAAGGAGAACCGCUCGCCCAGCCGAAAACGGGGCCCCAGCCCCCAGGUGCGGCGGAGCACCUCCCCCAGACGGCGGGACCGCCGCUCCCCGCAGCCCCCGGCCAACGCCCAGGCCGGGGACCGGAGGUCCAAGCAGAGCCGCUCCGCCUCGCGAAACCGCUCCCCCGCCAGGAGGGGGCGCAGUCGGUCGCUGGAGCGCAGGCGUAGGGAGGCGGAGCGUCAGCGCCUGUCGCCCGUCAGGAUGCGGUCGCGGGACGAGGGCGGGGCGCGCCGAGACGCCAGCCCGCCCCGGCGCAGGGUCAGCCGCUCGCCCCUGCGGAGGAGGUCCCGUUCCCCGUGGCGACGCAGCCGCUCGCCGCUCAGACGGAGGUCUCUGGAGCGGGACAGGAUGGGCCGUCGGCAGCGCUGGCGCUCGGGGUCCCGGGAGCGCCGGAGGAGGCGCAGCCGGGACAAGGAGGACAAGUUCAAGGGCAGCCUGUCGGAGGGCAUGAAGGCCGACCAGGAGGAGUCCGACGACGAAGUGCUGGAAGACUUUGAUGUUGAUGAAGAAGACGAAGAGGCCGUUAUCGAGCAGAGACGUCUGCAGAGGCUGGCCAUCGUGCAGAAGUACAAGGCGGUGAACGAGGACAGCAACGUCUCCAUGCCGUCGGAGCCCAGCAGCCCGCAGAGCAGCCCCCGCAGCCGCUCGGCCUCGCCCGACGACAUCCUGGAGCGCGUGGCCGCCGACGUCAAGGAGUACGAGCUGGAGAACGUCGACACCUUCGAGGCCAACAUGAAGGCCAAGCAGAACCUCAUCGCCGUGGAGAAGGACGGAUCCAAUCCAAAAAAGCCAUCGGCACCCGAUAUGUUUACAGAGUCGGACGACAUGUUCGCGGCGUACUUUGAUAGCGCCAGACUCCGAGCCGCCGGCAUAGGGAAGGACUUCAAGGAGAACCCCAACCUCAGGGACAACUGGACGGACGCGGAGGGGUACUACCGGGUGAACAUCGGGGAGGUGCUGGACAAGCGCUACGGGGUGUACGGCUACACGGGCCAGGGCGUGUUCAGCAACGUGAUCCGCGCCCGGGACAUGGCCCGCGCCAGCCAGGAGGUGGCGAUAAAGAUCAUCCGCAACAACGAGCUCAUGCAAAAGACGGGACUGAAGGAGCUGGAGUUCCUCAAGAAGCUCAACGACGCCGACCCCGACGACAAGUUCCACUGCCUGCGGCUCUUCAGACACUUCUACCACAAGCAGCAUCUCUGCCUGGUGUUCGAGCCCCUCAGCAUGAACCUGCGGGAGGUGCUGAAGAAGUACGGGAAGGACGUGGGGCUGCACAUCAAGGCGGUGCGCUCCUACAGCCAGCAGCUCUUCCUGGCCCUCAAGCUGCUGAAGCGCUGCAACAUCCUGCACGCCGACAUCAAGCCCGACAACAUCCUGGUGAACGAGUCCAAAACCAUCCUCAAGCUCUGCGACUUCGGCUCGGCGUCCCACGUCGCGGACAACGACAUCACGCCCUACCUGGUCAGCCGGUUCUACAGGGCGCCUGAAAUCAUCAUUGGGAAACCCUACGAUUACGGGAUUGACAUGUGGUCCGUGGGCUGCACGCUGUACGAACUGUACACGGGCAAGAUCCUCUUCCCCGGGAAGACCAACAACCACAUGAUCAAGCUCGCCAUGGACCUCAAGGGCAAGAUGCCCAACAAGAUGAUCCGAAAGGGGCUGUUCAAGGAUCAGCACUUCGAUCAGAACUUGAACUUCUUGUACAUUGAAGUGGACAAAGUGACCGAAAGGGAAAAAGUGACGGUGAUGAGCACCAUCAACCCCACCAAGGACUUGCUCACGGACAUGAUUGGCUGCCAGCGCCUCCCCGAGGACCAACGCAAGAAGGUGGUCCAGCUCAAAGACCUGCUGGACCAAAUCCUCAUGCUGGACCCCGCCAAGAGAAUCAGCAUCAACCAGGCCCUGCAGCACCCCUACAUCCAAGAGAAGAUCUGACCUGCUCGCCCAGCGCUACUGCAACCACUGCUACUUACUAAGUACUAUGGGUCUGGCAGAGGGGAAAAAACAAACCGAAAAAACAAAAAACUUGAUUUGUUUAGUAACUGCAGAGACUGACUGAAGAGUACCUAGGAAAAGAAACAUUUUUUAAAAAUAGUUAACAUUAUUUUUUUUAUUGUUAUUUUGAUGCACAUACAUACCCGUGUUUUUUGCUUUUAUUAUGAAUUUAUUAAGAAAUCAAAGGGUAGGGGUCCAAAAAAAAAAAAAAUCACAUGUACAUUUCCGUUUUUUGGAUUACUUGCAGGACACCCUCAAAUCAAAACCGGUCUGACUUACAGUUUGGCUUUGGUGGGAAGGUUUGGCUUCGAUGUUUAUGGGCCAUCCGAAUAAAGUUUUAGAGAAGAAAAAAAAAAAUCCCCUUUAUUGCGCUGGAUAAAUAAACCUUUUAUCCUCAUUUUUGAAGUGCUCGUUCUUGGGCCCCUGCAAAAGACCGGUGCUGAAGGCAGUAAUUGAAAAUACGCUUUGUAUGGUUCAGGUUGAGAGAGGGAAGGGUUAUGGUCAUUUAUAGCUUGCCAAGGCUGCACAAGACAGAGCAGAUCGAGUCCCUGAAGAUUGCACACGUCCUUUAUGCAGGGCAGGACGUGUAGCCCUCGCUGUACAGGUGUACAUGCGCAAUGUCUCGUGAGUGUAGACUGCACCAUAUAGGUGUAUAGGAGUGAGGUCUUGUGCGUGUAGACCACACCAUACAGGUGUACUGGCGCUGCACAGGUAGACCUGACUGUACAGGUGUGCACGCACAAGACCUCACUGUACAGGUGUACACGCACGAGACCUCACUGUACAGGUGUGCGUGCACAAGACCUCACCGUACAGGUGUACAAGCAGUAGACCUCGCUGUACAGGUGUACUGGCGCCGUACAGGUGCACACGCGCGAUGUCUGGUGCAGGCUUGGCAGCUGUUGCUGUGUGUGGCGCAGGCCGGCGUAAAUGCUGUCUAUAUCCGCGUCUCCCCCAGGUGUGAGUGCACAGGCCCGGCAGCAUGGCACGCCCGUGGCGUGGGUCUUGUGUCCUCCUUGAGUCCGCCUGCAGGGACGGCCUGCCCUCCUCAGUUAAAGCAGGUUGUGUACCACUUUCAGUACACUGAAGGUAAGCUCCCCAAACCCAUCAACUUCACUGGUGUUCUCGCGCAUUCUAGCACACUGGCAAAAACGAGAGAGAAAAAAAAAUUACUUAAAAAAAAAUAUAUAUAAAUCCAGUCCUGGCUUCUCUGGCAUUUUACUUUGCAUGUGUAAAGAGCAACGCGCAAAAUGGACGAUCACACAAAUUUCAGAAAAAAAAUUUAAAUUUAAAUCGAUGUGCUGAUGGUUUGUUUCAGAUUUUACGCUGUGUUGUAUACCUCACGUCGAUUACAUUUUCUGUCAAUGAAAAUUCAGUUGCAAGUCUGAAUGUAUUUUUUUGGCAAACCAAUAGUGUGCAGAUUUGGGGGGCUGGUGGGACUCGAAGCUCUGAUGGAUGAAGGCGCCUUCAGUGUACUGCUUCUAUUAAUAAAGUUUUUUCAAAUCUUUGCAGAAAUGUGACUUAGUAAGGGGUAGUCUAUCCUUUUCUUUCUGUCAGUUUUUCACCCUUUACUAUAUAUUAAGUGAUCUUAGAAAACUGCAUGUGAGGACUUAAGAUGGCAGUCUCUUAUAUGUUGUGUAAAAUUCUUUGUGUGCUUUUUUUCUUAAAGGCCAUUUAAACUUUUUUCUGUUUUAGUCCUCCUUUGACUCAUGUCUGUGAUCAUGUUGUCUUUUGAUACAGGGAUAUUCCUGCUCUGAUCUUUGCAUCUGCUUGUUACAAGCGGUAAUUGCUUCUUUACUAUUUCCCCUUGUAUUGUAUUGUUGAACCAUCUUCUGGGCGUCCUUGG